AUGCAUUCGUACAUCCUUUUUCUGAUUUCCUUCGUCCUUUUGCUCUCCAGUGGGCAUGCUGAAGGUUACAACUGCGAGGAAAACGUUCCCGAAAAAAUUCAAGUAUUUCUGGCAAAUGCCAUAAAUUCGAAGCGUAAGGAAUACAACAGCGCAGUAAAUUUACUAUUGGGACACGUCGAGUUUGACUGCAACCUUGCAAGAGAAGCCUUCACACAUGAAUACCAAAGCAAAGUACAUGACGGUUUCCAUUCGCUAGUCGAAAGAAAUGCUUCGAGGCAAACUAAUCACAGAAACGUUGGAGAAAGCAAUUGGGAAUGUCCACAAAAAUGA